CGCGCUCCCGCGAGCCCGGACCCGGCUGUUGUGUGUGGCGCUGGGGAGCGCGUGCGCGCGUUCCGCGGUGGGGGGCAGGUGGUGGUGGUGGUGGGAGAGGAUCUCUGCGUGCGUGUGCGUGUUGGAAUAGGAAACUCGUAGGGCGGGAUCGGGCCGCGGCGCGCAGACUUCGAGGCCUGCGUCGUUCGUUCCACGGUGCCCGCGGCCCCGCCUUGCGCUCCCGACUCUUCCCCUCACCAGCCCCCCCCCCCGGUUCCAGAGGCGGCAGGCGCGCGCGUUCCCGGUGUUUCGCGCGGUAGGAAGUCCACCAGGGCCGUGGGACCGGGCGCGCGCCUUGGUCUGCUGCGGGCGCGCUCGCGCCGCUUCUCCUUCAAAGGCGCGGACUCGGGUGCAGCAGCAGUAGGCGAAGUUCCAGGAUGAGGCCGGCGGGCCCUAGUGCUGCAGAGACCCUGGGGAGGCGGGGUGAGCUGCCACGGCUGCGGCCAAUUUUCCUCACUCUUCCCGAACCCCCUACCCCUUCGGCCGCCGCCGUUGCUUCUCUUCCUCCGCCUCACCUAGCCAUUUGCGCGCGAACAAGGAUGCUCAUCCCCACCCUUUGCCAGAAGGCUAUAAUAAAUGGAGGCGAGGCGGAUCAAGGCGGGGCCUUUCGGUGUGCGGGCCUUGUCUAGGAGCCUGCAAUAUUUACAAUAUCUGAAAGCGCUUCAUGCUGUGAUUACAGUGGACCGUUGAGUGUAGCAUUGUACAAUACCUCUGACAGGACAGUUAGGCUUACUUGAGUGAUUCUCUCUCUCUCUCUCUCUCUCUCCCCCCCCCCCCAAGCUGAGUAACUUUCCCUAUUCAGCUGAUUGCAGCUCUAGAUUUCGUUUUCCUGAAAACCGAUAGAUACCUUUUAACACUGCUGUUUCCCUGCAACCAGUGACUGGGAUUAUUUGCCCUAUUUAUCAUUACUAAUGAUAGAGAUGGGUGAAAGAAUCUAUUGUGGGCCCUUUCUUGGGUUGCAAUUUCUGUGGGUCUGUCAUGUGAACUACAGUAUUCCUUUAGCAUUCCACAGAGUUUUGUAGUACUUUAAAACCUAGGUGUUUGUGGAUAAGAGCACCUUUUGUUCCUGUGCAUUUUCUUAGGGCUCUUCUAGGCUUUCAGACCCUUAGCUAGAGCAUUUUUAAAUGUAAAGCACAGUAUGCUACCAGUACUAUGGAAAUAUACUAAUCUACUUUUACGCUAGCAUGUGCCUAAUGUCAAAAACAUGUCUUGAUCAGUAGGGUGGACCAAAUACUUGUGCUGCUUACUUGUGCUGCACUAGUAAUAAACAACUGAAGUGGGUGGGUGCACAUAUACAACAGGUUGCAGGUUCAGCCCCCACAAUCUCCAGAUAGGGCUGGAAGUUACAUUAUUCUGAAACUCUGCGGUCCUGCAGCUGUUGCUUGACUACAACUUGCUUCAUCCCAACCCAUUGGCUGUGUUGAUUGGGGAUGGUGGAAAUUCCAUCAAUAUCUGCAGCGCCAGAAGUUUCCCACACCUGGUGUAGACAAUACAGACUUUCAAUGCUUCCUGUAUCUACUGCAGCCAUGCCUGUGUUCUUUCACUUGCUACCUCAUUCAAGGUUUCUGAAAUGCCUUUUUAAAACAAUGGAGUCUCUAGAAAUGUGAAAAAAUUGGGGAAAGGUGGGGGAUUGGACUUUUUUUUGGGGGGGGGGUGCUUCACAUCUCUACCAACUUUGUCAUAUAACAUUGUCUUCUCCCAUUAUAUUUCUUCAAUAAAUACAUUUAAAGUGGGGAUGGAAAGGGUUUCUUUGUUCUGUCUUCUCCAGAAUGUCACGAGUCUAAGAGUUCAGGACAUGAAUAUCAGAAAUACAUACAGCAUGGUGCCUGGUGAGUUUAGAUUGUCUGCAUACUACAAAUGUGUGUGCUUUCAAUAAUGUUUAAGUUCUCAGAACUAACUGCUUGAUAAUCCGCUUGGCCUGACUUUCCAGAUUUAAUAUUUACAUGAAAAUGCAGAUAAAGGAAUACUUGCUUCCUUAGGCAGGAGUUGUUGUUUUACAUAUAAUUUAUUUCAGUUUUUCCUGAAAGUUGAUGGAAUGCACAUUAUACCAAGGUCAUGUAAGGAUGAAAGCUCAGUAAACAAACAAACAACUGACCUUUGAUUCAUAUAUGAUUUCUGCAGCAAUGGUAUCAUUAACAUGAAGAAGUGUGCAUGCACACGAAAGCUCAUACCAAUGACAAACUUAGUUGGUCUCUAAGGUGCUACUGGAAGGAAUUUUUUAUUUUGCAUUUCUAUAUUUAUGGAUGUUGGCUAGAGCAUUAACACACUUGAUGUGCAUUACUUUUUUUCUGGAUGGUAUCUUGGCACAGUGACACUAGGCUGAAGAAUAUCUCCUGCAAUUCACUGGUGCUUGUAACUUAUAUAACAGAAGACUUCCAGAAGACUGGAAGAUUCGAAGGAGGUAAAACAGCUUGUGAUGGUUCAACUUGGGAUGGGCAAAUUUCCAUUGUAGAAUUCUUGUCAACUUUUGUCCUAUACCACUCUAAGCUUCCCCCAGAGUUCGUCUUGCUACCGCUAAAAUAUUUGGUAAAUGAAAGUUUCAAAUGUUUAACUACUAAUCUGCCCCAGUUUUAUGCAACAGUGGUAGUGACAGUAGCACCUGUGAAAAGAAAAGUUGUUUCCUACCAGUAACAUUAGGUUACAGAGGUGUGGACAAGGUAGGGAAAAAUGUGAAUUUCAACUGUUCACCAGUAUUUAAUUGGGAAAAGGAUCUUGGAAGCAGUGGUAAAGUAUUUCAUGAGUUGGUCAAAUCUUCUUAGGUAGAGAGUUAUCAACCCUUACUAUAUAAUGUGCCUAGAUUUACAGGAAAGGAAAGAUAUAUUUCUGGGUAAAGGUAAAGGUACCCCUGACUGUUAGGUCCAGUUGCGGAUGACUUGGGUUGCGUGCUCAUCUCGCUUUACUGGCUGAGGGAGCCUGCGUCUGUCCGCAGACAGCUUCUGGGUCAUGUACCUAUUUACUUUGAUGUGCUUUCGAACUGCUAGGUGGGCAGGAGCUGGGACUGAACAACAGGAGCUCACCCUGUUGCAGGGAUUCAAACUGCCGACCUUCUGAUCGGAAAGCCCUAGGCUCUGUGGUUUAGACCACAGCGACACCCUGGAUAACGUCUGUGAAACAAUUUAAACUUGCAGUUGCUUCUUUUUGAAGUGGUGGCAGAAAAAGGCAACAGUUAUAAUGUUAGACCAGAUUUUUAUUUCAAUUUUAAUCAUUGGUUCUCAAAAGUAUGAGUUGUGUGAUCCAUCCUUUAAUAGCUUCAUAGAAAUAGAAAUUAAGAUCUUAAGUCCUAAUUGUAUGUAAAGGUACUUCAAAAUGCAGGAGACAGAAGGCUCUUGAAUAUUGUGUGGCAUUCUCUAGCUAGUAUAUUUGUGGAAAUCAUAUUUGCCCUAGAAAACUGGGCCCAUGAAUAUUUCCCAAUGUUAUAAUAAUACUUUAUUAAGUAUCUUAGAAUCUUAUCUGUGUACAUAAGAUCGAGGCAAACUAAAAGGGUCUGCAUUUCAAAAUCCACUGAUUUGAAAACAAUGAUGACUCCUUCAGUGUCUUGAUAGCCAUAAUGUUCCAGAAUCCAUAUUGCCUUCCAUUAGACCAACCCAAAUGCCCACAAAAUAGUGUUUAUCAGGUUAUUUGAUUGGGGAAGCUACUGUGUCUGCAUCUGGUCAGAGUCCUAAAUGGAAUGUGGGAGGUAGUAAACAUUUAAAUCUCUUCUAGAUACUACAGUAUACAGGUUUCAGGUUGCACCUAGGACUUAUGGGAAGAAGGAACAUAGAAUGGUUAAUUCCUCAAAUCCAGCCGUAUGUCUCCAUAGUUAGCUAUUCCUAAAAUUUGCACAAAUUGCAAAAUUAAGGUGGUGUGCAGGGGAGACACACAGACUGUUCUUUUAACUUUUACAGAAUCUGACUAUCCUUAGCAGCUUGAUUAGAUGUAAAUUCCCUUGAGUACCAGUGGGGCUUAGCAGUAUGUUUGGAAUUGGAGUAUAAUUUUAUUCCAGUGUGAGAUCCAAUACAGUAUUAAACCUGAGAAUUAUUACCCCAUUCUGUGACGGCAAUGCAUUUGAAAAGGCUACUUCUUUGGCUAGAAUCAGCUGAUUCUAGCCAGUGCCACCAAAUGCUUUUCUGCUGGAAAAAGCGGUGUGUCAAAUAUGUUAGAUUUAAUCUCCUUUGCUGUUGGGGAAUUGUGUUUACUGGGUCAGCAGCAAAGGGAAUAGCAUCAUUAGUUCUGCCUUGCACAGGCAGAACAUUUUUGCCACCUGGAACCUUGAUUGGAAAAGUGGGGAUCUUUUUUAUUAAGCAUCUUAAUUUGAAUACUUAAGUGGCUAAAAUAUGGGAGCAAUAUGUUUCACUUACAACUUUCUAGAAAAAGUAGAUCAGAGUUACUAGCUAAAUAUAAAGAGUUCUCUAGGCAAUGUGUAGAUUUUGCCCCUCCAAACUUUAACUAUUAAAUAGGCCUGAUUUGAAAAACAUUCUGUUACAGUGGCAGUCAUGUUAUGUCUCUUAUUUUAAAAGCAUAAUUGCAUUUUUGGCUUGGGUCUAUUUUUGGAUCCAUCUGCAUCUGAUGAUGUAUCUGGCAUGGCAAGUUUGCAACUAUUCUUGUAGCAAUUGGGCCUCGUAUAUGUUAAAUGUAAUUGUCUGAUUCCUUUAGGUUUGCUUGGUGUGAUAUUGAUGCCCAUGAUCUGUGGGAAAGUUUCUAGUGCUUUACUUUUCUGCAGAAAAUUUUCCAUAAAUUCUUUAGUAACAAUGAACGGGUGCCAAUUACAGAUACAAUAUUAUGCAAGUGUGGCAGUUUCAAAGUUUUUAGCUUUGUUCUCUAAAUACAAGUAAAAUAAGUAUUCUAAAUUAGAUCACUCUCUAAUUUGCAUAGGAUCCCCCCUGAAAAUCCCCAUACCGUAUUUUUCCAUGUAUAAGAUAAUAUUUUCCCCCCUAAAUUUUUGAAGUUUAAAAUAAGGGGGUCGUCUUAUACACAGAUAGUGCAUGGUGUAUUUUCUUAAUUUUGGGUUAAAUUAUACAUGGAAAAAUAUGGUAAUUGUUGAGGCCUCAUUUAUACACGGAGUCCUGCAUUUGCUGCCAUCCUGAUGGUUGCUGCCACAUGACGAUUGGUAGUAACUGCAAUUCGCAUCCUCUCAGUUAGAAUCAUAUAGUUAUACCAUGAUGCCAAUUUCUGACCCAAUUUGGGUAUGCAUUGCUGGCAUGGUGUGUGUUCCAUCCUAAUAAUGUAGAUGGAAGUUGCAGAUGAUACCAAGAGUAGUGCAGGAGCACCCAUGGGGCAGCAGCAUUCAUGCUGCUCCAAAUAAUAUGUAGCCAGGGCCAGAGACAUCUGCUUGACUUUUCAAAAACAAGAAAUUUGAUAGAGGGCCCAGACAUCAUCCUCUGGUCUCAAUGGUAGCUGAAAUCUGAAACUUUUAUUUGAGUCCUACAGUAGUCCACUGCAGGUAAUUAUUAUUAAUAAUAUUGUACAAAGGGCUACCUUUGUACAAUAAAUAUAUUAAUGUGAACAAAUAAAUGCCUAGGUGCUGGGUGGCUUCACUUCAAUGGCUAUUGAAGUGAUGACUUUUCUCUCCCCUCAGGCUUUCUCACGGUGUAGUAACUGGUGGUGUAUCUCUUGAGCUUUCAUUUCUCUUUAAUUGCAGAAUUUCUUUGGUAGUGGAAACUACAUAUAAUGCUUUAUGAGUGAGAAAUUCUAGUUCGUACGUUGCUAUGCCUUGUAACUCAGUACUGUUAAGUGUUCAGAAUUAUUAGCGACGCUUAUGUUGUUUAAAAAACAAAGACUGCUUCUCAGGAUUUAUGCGUAUUGACCAGGGAUGUGUGUGUUCUGUAUACAUUUUUCACCCCAUUUCAUAUUUUUCAUAAGGAAACACAAAUUCCGUACUUAUACAGUCGUACCUUGGAAGUCGAUUGGAAUCCGUUCUGAAAGUCCGUUUGACUUCCAAAAUGUGUGGAAACCAAGGCGUGGCUUCCAGUUGGCUGCAGGAAGCUCCUGCAGCCAAUUGGAAGCCUCAGAACCUGCACCCUGCAGCCAAUUGGAAGCCUCAGAACCUGCACCGGACGUUUGGGUUCCAAAGAACGUUCGCAAACCGGAACACUCAUUUCCAGAUUUGAAGCGUUUGGGAGCCAAAAUGUUCGACUCGCAAGGCAUUUGACUUUCAAGGAAUCCUGAGUACCUUGCAAUAUGAAUAAUUCUUUGGAUAACACCAUUUCCUUUGAAGAAUACAUCCGUGUGAAAGCACGAACAAUCCCACAGCAUAGGAUGAAGGAAUUCCUGGACUCCCUUGCCUCCAAGGGCCCUGAAGCCUUACAGGAGUUUCAGCAGACGGCUGCUACCACCACCAUGGUAUACCAGCAAGGUGGCAACUGCAUCUACACAGAUAGCACAGAAGUGGCUGGAUCUUUGCUUGAACUUGCUUGCCCAGUUACAACAAGCGUCCAGCAGCAAACACAGCAAGAGCAGCAAAUACAAGUGCAGCAACCCCAGCAAGUUCAGGUGCAAGUUCAGGUUCAGCAGUCCCCUCAGCAAGUCUCCACUCAGCAGCUUUCUCCCCAGCUCACUGUUCACCAAGCCUCAGAUCAGCCCAUACAGGUACAAGUGCAGAUCCAAGGUCAGGCACAACAGCCGACACCUCAGACGAUACAGGGUCAAGCACUUCAGAGUCCUAGCCCUUCUCAGUUGCAGGCGGCUCAGAUCCAGGUGCAGCAUGUGCAGACUGCUCAGCAAAUCCAGGGUGCCGAAAUACAGGAGGAACAUAUGCAGCAUCAGCAAAUCCAGGCACAGCUUGUGGCAGGACAGGCUAUUGCUGGGGGCCAGCAGAUCCAGAUCCAGACAGUUGGGGCGCUUUCCCCUCCUCAAUCUCAACAGGGCUCACCACGCGAAGGCGAGCGAAGGAUCAGCACCGCCAGUGUCCUCCAGCCAGUAAAGAAGCGCAAAGUGGAUAUGCCUAUUACUGUGUCAUAUGCUAUUUCAGGGCAGCCGGUUGCCACAGUCCUGGCCAUCCCCCAAGGCCAGCAGCAGAGUUAUGUAUCGUUAAGGCCGGACUUGUUAACGGUGGAUAGUGCCCACCUGUACAGUGCCACUGGGACCAUAACCAGCCCUACUGGAGAGACUUGGACCAUCCCUGUUUACUCUGCGCAACCACGUGGCGACCUGCAGCAGCAAAACAUAACCCACAUUGCCAUCCCCCAGGAGGCCUACAAUGCCGUCCAUGUCAGUGGCUCCCCGACGGCCCUAGCCACUGUGAAGCUGGAAGAUGACAAGGAUAAGAUGGUGGGAGGUGCAUCAGUAGUGAAAAACUCUCAUGAGGAAGUGGUGCAAACCCUUGCCAACUCCCUUUUCCCAGCACAGUUUAUGAAUGGCAAUAUCCACAUUCCAGUGGCGGUGCAAGCAGUGGCAGGGACAUAUCAGAAUACAGCCCAGACGGUCCAUAUAUGGGACCCACAGCAGCAGCAGUCCACACCGCAAGAGCAGGGGCAGCAGCAGCAGCAACACCAGCAGCUGCAAGUUACUUGCUCUGCUCAAACUGUUCAGGUUGCUGAAGUUGAGCAGCAACCACAGCCUCAGCCUUCACCUGAACUUCUCCUUCCACACUCUCUCAAGCCAGAAGAGGGACUAGAAGUGUGGAAGAGCUGGGCACAGACUAAAAACGCAGAGCUAGAGAAGGAGUCUCAGAACAGACUUGCACCUAUUGGCAGACGCCAGCUGUUGAGAUUCCAGGAAGAUCUCAUAUCCUCUGCUGUAGCAGAGUUGAAUUAUGGGUUGUGCUUAAUGACUCGUGAAGCUCGCAACAGUGAAGGUGAACCCUAUGAUCCAGAGGUUCUGUACUAUAUCUUCCUGUGUAUUCAAAAGUAUCUAUUUGAAAAUGGGCGAGUCGAUGACAUUUUUUCUGAUCUAUAUUACAUACGGUUCACUGAGUGGUUACAUGAAGUGCUCAAGGAGGUGCAGCCUCGGGUCACUCCUCUUGGCUAUGUUCUUCCUAACCAUGUGACAGAAGAGAUGUUGUGGGAGUGUAAGCAGCUUGGAGCUCACUCUCCUGCCACUUUGCUGACAACGCUUAUGUUUUUUAACACAAAAUACUUCCUGUUGAAAACAGUAGACCAGCAUAUGAAGUUGGCCUUUUCAAAGGUCUUGAGGCAGACCAAGAAGAACCCUUCCAAUCCCAAGGAUAAGAGUACGAGCAUCCGGUACCUGAAGGCACUUGGCAUACACCAGGCAGGCCAGAAAGUUACUGAUGACAUGUAUGCAGAGCAGACAGAGAACCCAGAGAAUCCAUUGAGGUGUCCUAUAAAGCUCUAUGACUUCUACCUCUUCAAAUGCCCCCAGAGUGUGAAAGGCCGGAACGAUACAUUCUAUUUGACUCCUGAACCAGUGGUAGCUCCCAACAGCCCUAUCUGGUAUUCCAUCCAGCCAAUCAGUCGAGAGCAGAUGGAGCAGAUGCUCACCCGGAUUCUGGUGAUACGAGAGAUUCAGGCAGCUAUUGCUGUGGCAAAUGCCAGCACCAUGCACUAAGGCAUCCCUCCCAACUCAGAAAAAGGGUGAGGGUAGGACAGGGUGGGAAGGGAGGCCAGGCCAUAAGGCCAGGAUCAAUUGUACAGCCUUUUACACUAAAGGAGAUGCCUAAGGUUUUUUUCGGUUUUUUUUUUAAUUGGUGUAGUUAUGAAGCCCUUUUAGGCUUCUUCUGUUUAAAGGAGACCCUCCCCAUUGUGUAUCUGACCCAACUGCAUCAGCCUUCUGGACGCAUUGAGGGCUGCGUUCUUUCUCUGGGAGCUGUGAGGUGCCGUAGAUUGACUUUGGGAUUUUUUAUGAUGUGAAGAAAAUGAAACAAAUCUAAUUGAGGGACUUGGCCUAGCUGGGCCAUUACUUUGGAGCUCAUGCACUUGGAAAGAACGGAAAAUGGUGGAUAUCGGCCAAGAGAGGCAGUUUGCAGUUUCCUUGUGCUCAGAAACUGACAUGAUCUGGAGGGGAGAGGAGAGUGACCUGCAAUUAUGAUUUAUAAGGAAAAAGAAAAACAAUUUCUAUUAAGAACUUAAAAGUGACAUUUUUAGAUGUUAAGUACAAACUACCACACUUCUCUCUCAAUCUCUCUAUCAAUCUCUCUCUCUCUUUUUCUUUCUUUCUUUCUUGGCCUGAUGUUGAGGCCUUAAAACCUUGAGGCUCCUGUGCCUGAUGGAAUUCUUGUAACAUACACUUGUGUAUCAUAUAAAGAUACCACCCUGUUUCUCUUAAUGUAUUCUUAUGCUAGUUGUUUAUUAAGAAUGACGAGCACGUCUUUUCAACAUG